AUGGCUCCCAAAAUCAAGGCCGGCAAGGGGGGCAAGGAGCCCGAGGUGAAGAGGAAGAAAGGGGGGAAGAAGGACCCCGGCGCGGCAACAGAGUCGGUGUUGGACCCGGAGACGCGGGAGUUCUACCACAUCCAGAUCCGAGAUCUGGAGGACAGGCUGGCCCGGUACCAGCGGAAGUGGGAUGAGCUCUCUGUGCAGGAGAAGCUCUUCCGCCAGGAGUUCGAGCAGCUGGCCGCCAACAAGAAGGAGAUCGUGGCCUUCCUCAAGCGCACGCUCAACCAGCGGGUGGACGAGAUCGCCGACCUCAACGAGCAGCUCCAGAGUCUGCAGCUGGCCAAAGAGAUGGAGAAGGACGCGUUUGAGGCCCAGCUGGCCCAGGUGCGUCACGAGUUUCAGGAGACCAAGGACCAGCUCACUUCGGAGAACAUCAUCCUGGUGGGGAAGCUGGCAGCUCUGGAGGAGUUCCGGCUGCAGAAAGAGGAGCUCAUGGGCAAGUUUGAGACGCUGGAGAGCCAACUGCAUAAUCAGGAGAGCCUCUACAAGGACUACGUGUACAACCUGGAGAAGAAGUCCGUGCUGGACAAGGACAGACUGAAGAAGGAGAUCAUUCAGCGUGUGAACCUGGUGGCCAGCGAGUUCCGCAGGGUGGCCAGUAACCAGAUGUGGGACACCACCAAGCGAGCCAUCCAGGAGAACCACACAGUGACCCUGCAGCUGGCCAAGCUGUCCCAGCAAGGACUGCAGCUACUGCAGGAGAACGAGCAGCUCCAUGGUGCCCACUGCAAGCUGCAUCAGCAGCUAGCACUGCUGGAGAACAUGCACAAGUUCAUGACCAAGCACAGCAGUAGCCACCAUAAGCUCAUCCUCAUGCUGACGGAGAAGUGGCACCAGCAGCGGCAGGGCACCUUGGAGGCGGAGCAGCUGCGCCAGCUACAGGACCACGUGGAGCAGCAAUUGCAGCAACUGCAGAAAGACGAGCAGGCACUGAGGAGCCAGAACGAACAGUUGCACCUGCAGCUGGAACAGGAGCGGGCCAAGGCACAGACCCUGCAGCAGCAGCUGACCGAAGAGCAGAAGGUUAGGGCUAGCCUGGAAAUGACACUGACCCAGGCCACCUCCUUCCUACAGGCCAUUCAGCAGAUGCAAUCCCAAGAGAAGGAUGGGGGCUUCAGUGUGGUCUUCCAGCUGCAGCACAAAGAGAUGCUGGAGCAGCUACUGGCCAUGCUCAGUUCAGCUAUAUCCCUGAUCCCUCAAGAGGCUGUAUAUCCCCAACGGAAGUCCAUUCCCAAAGACCCACCUAAGAUGAGCCUGCCCAAGGUGGAACCUCUCCUACAGCAGCUGUCUGGCAUCACACGCUACCAGCCGGGGGACCUGGGCCUGGUGCCGCGCCCUACUCACUUCUCACUCAACUCCCAGGACCUCCGGCUGCUGUCGCACACCACCCGAGUGGGAAGCCUCCCAGCCAACAGCAGCCCUGUGGUGAGGGUGCCAGGGGCCCAGGGACCUUCUCCGAAAAGGCUCAAAAAGUUCAGUCUUCCUGAAAUGUACUUGCGUCCCAAGUGAGAGAAGACUAAGCCCUUGCUCCAGAAAUGGACCGUUCUGGCCACUGUCCCCCGCCCCCACCUUUAUUUCAUAGGCUGCCUGAGGCAGCUCAGAGGAAAGUAGCUCUUUCUAUAAAGAGAGUACA